AUGGCCAUCUCCUCGCGCCUCGCGCUCUGGGAGCAGAAGAUACGGGACGAGGACCGGGGGCCGCCCCCCUCCGCCCCCCCCCUGCUCCUGUCGGUCAUCCCCGGGGGGUUCAUCAAGCAGCUCGUGCGGGAGACUGAGAAGGAGGCCAAGGCGGCGAAACUGAAGAAGGAAACCAAGGCGAGCGUGAGAGAGGAGCCCACGAGGGAGGACGGCGAGGCCCGAGCCGGGGACGCCCCAGCUGCCGGAGGAGAGGUGACCAGCGAGGGGCAGCCGCUGCAGAACGGGCUGCACGUGGAGGGGCAGAGGGGCGAGGGCGUCCCAGCCCCCCCACGGACGGAGCUGCCACCCGGGGGGGCUGCGCUGGGGGCCAUCCCCAGCAAAGCCGCGUCCACUACGCCCGGUCCGGCAGCGGCUGCCCCCAGACCAGCAGAGACCCCUCGCCCAGAGGCUCCCAAGGCAGCGAAGCCGCCGUGCCCUGAGAAGAGCCCCAAGGACCCCCUCCCGGGGGGCAGCCCCCCGGCUCCAGCCCCCACACCCAGCAAGGGCCCCCAGCGCUGCAGCAAAAUCCCAGCAAAGGAGGGGGACGCGCCCAAGGGGACGGGCGCCGAGAGCACCAAGAAGGAGAAGGGGGCACCCCCAAGCCACGAGCAGCACGCAGCCAAGGCGAGAGCCAGGAGGGAGCCGGGGCCGGCCAGGAAAGAGCCGGAGAAGAUGAAGAAAGAUGUCGGAGGUGGCAAGAAGGAGCCAAGGGAAAUCAAAAAGCCUGGAAAAACUACAAACAAGUCAGAGGAGCUCAAGGGGGAGCUGGGAGGGAUCCAAGAAAAGUCAGAAGAUGUGGUAAAGGAGGUGGGGAGAGCGAAGGAAGAGCCAGGAGACGGUAAAGAGGCACCGGGAGAGAGCAAAGAGGAGACGGGCGAGGGCACAGCCAAGGACCAGGCUCCGAGGGACGUUUGGUACGAAGCGGAGAAGGUCUGGCUUGUCCAGCAGGACGGGUUCACGCUGGCCACACAGCUGAAGCCGGACGUGGGGACGCCCGAGCUGCCGGCGGGGAGGGUGAGGGUGCGCCGGGAGGCGGACGGCAGUGUCACCGAGGUGGACGAGGACAGCGUGCAGCGGACCAACCCCCCCAGCCUGGACUACGCCGAGGAUCUGGCCGCGCUCGUCAACCUCAACGAGUGCAGCGCCAUGAACACGCUGCAGCAGCGCUACGGGGCCCGGCUCCCCUACACCUCCGCCGGGCCCGGCCUGGUGGCCAUCGGACCCGGCCUGCUGGCCACCGGGCCCGGCCCGGCUGCCAGCAGCAGCUCGGGGAAGGUGUUCAAGAGGAAGCGGGACAGCAUGUCCCCGCACAUCUACUCGGUGGCACAGAGAGCCUACAGGAACCUGCUGAUGCAGCGGCAGGAUCAGGCCAUCGUGCCCCUGGGGCGCAGCGGGGCUGGGAAGACCACGUGCUGCCAGAGCGCCCUGGAGUACCUGGUGGGCACGGCGGGCAGCGUGGACGGCACGGUCUCAGUGGAGAAGAUCCAGGCGAUGUUCACAAUCCUGGGAGCCUUUGGGUCAGUGACCACCGGCCACAGCAGCAGCUCCACACGCUUCUCCAUGGUUCUGUCGUUGGAUUUCAGUGCCACCGGCCGGAUAACCGCUGCUCACCUCCAGACCAUGCUGCUGGAGAGGGGCCGCGUCGCCCAGCAGCCCCACGGCGAGAGCAACUUCAACGUCUUCCCCCUGAUGCUGGCGGGGCUGGAUGCGGCACACAGGACGAUGCUGCACUUGCACCAGGCGGCUGAGAGCAACUCCUUUGGGAUCAAGCCGUUCUCGAAGCCCGAGGAGAAGCAGAAAGCCUCGGCAGCGUUCGCCCAGCUCCGGGCUGCCAUGGGCACGCUGGGCAUCACGGCGGAGGAGCAGGCGGCCGUCUGGCGCAUCUUAGCCGGCAUCUACCACCUGGGAGCUGCCGGCGCCUGUAAAGUUGGCAGGAAGCAGUUCAUGAAGUUCGAGUGUGCGAGCAACGCCGCAGAGGCACUGGGCUGCGACCUGGAGGAGCUCACCACCGCCGUCUUCAAACACCACCUGAAGCAGAUCCUGGCGCAGGUCACGGCACGAGGCAGCCGGCUGCCCCCGGCGGAGGAGAGCCCGGCAGGGCCAAAGAUGACGGGUGUGGAAUGCGUGGAGGGGAUGGCUUCGGGUCUCUACGAAGAGCUCUUUGCUGCCGUCGUCUCGCUGAUCAACAGGUCUUUCUCCUCCCAGCACCUCUCCAUGGCCUCCAUCGCGGUGGUGGACACUCCUGGCUUUCACAACCCACGGCACCAGCGGGGCGAGCGAGCGGCGACUUUUGAAGAGCUCUGCCACAACUACGUGCAUGAGCGGCUGCAGGCCCUGUUCUACGAGAAAACCUUUGUUUCGGAAAUGGAGAGGUACAGAGAGGAAAAUGUUGAGGUGUCUUUUGAUCUUCCAGAGCGCUCGCCACUGGCCACGCUGUCCAUCAUUGACCUGAGCUCCUCACAGCCGCAGGUGCUGCCCGGCAGCCCGGGGGCUGAUCGCAGGGGGCUGCUGUGGAUCCUGGACGAGGAGGUGCUGAUCCCAGGCUCCGGGGACGGCGCUGCCUUCGACCGCCUGUGCUCCUACUUCGCCUCGAAGGGACCCGAUCAGGAGGGGGACGGCUACAUGCGCAGGUGCGAGCAGGCACUGCACUUUGAGAUCUCCCACCAGCUGGGCACGGACCCCGUGCGCUACGACCUCACGGGCUGGGUCAGCAAAGCCAAGCUCAAUCUCUCGGCACAAAACGCCAUCCAGGUGCUGCAGCGGUCCAAGGUAGACGCCGUGAAGGAGCUGGUGUUGCCGCGCUCGCGGGCGCCGCUGGCCUGCCGCGCCGUGGCGGGGCUGGAGGGACACUCCCAGGCGGUCCUGCACCGCAACGGCUGCGUGAGGAAGACCUUCGCCAGCAGCUUCGCAGCCGUGAAGAAGAGGUCGGUGUGCGCUCAGCUCAAACUGCAGGCGGACGCGCUCACAAACCUUCUCCGACGGUCCCAGCUGCACUUCAUCCACUGCCUCCUCCCGGGAGUCGGGGCGGAUGGGUCGGUCCCUGAUGCAACCCUGCGGCUGGACGUGCCGACCCUGCGAGCCCAGCUGGAGGGGUCCCAGCUCCUGGAUGCCCUGCGCCUCCACCGCAUCGGGUAUGCGGAUCGCCUGCUCCUCACCCAGUUCCGCCGGCGCUUCCAGGUCCUGGCUCCGGACGUCAUGAAGAAGUACACAUCUGCCUACGAGGUGCCCGACGAGAGCAAGGCUAUAGAGGAGCUCUUCCAGGCGCUGGAUCUGGAGAAGAGGAGCGUUGCCAUAGGACGCAGCCAGGUUUUCCUGAAGCCGGGGGUCAUCUCCAGACUGGAGAAGCAGCGUGACAAGUUGAUAGCCCAGAAGAUGAUCCUGCUCCAGGCUGCUUGCAAGGGCUUCCUCAGCCGUCAGAAGUUCAAGAGGUUGAAGAUCCAGCGCCUUGCCAUCCACUGCAUCCAGAAGAACCUGGUGGUCUUCCAGGCGGUCAGGCACUGGCCUUGGUGGCAGCUGCUGAGCCGCGUGCGGCCCUUGCUCAGCGUCAACCUCGCGGAGGAGCAGCUCCGCGCAAAAGAAGAGGAGCUGGUGGCGCUGAGAAGGAAGCUGGAAAAAUCCGAGCAGGCGUGCAGCGAGCUCAGGCAGACCGCGGAGAAGCUGGAAAGCAAGAUCAUCGACCUGACGACGGAGCUGUCGGACGAGCGGUACAAGGGUGACGUCGCCUGCCAGGUCCUGGAUGGGGAGCGGGCAGAGAGGCUGCGGGGUGGCCGCGAGCUGCAGGAGCUGCAGAGCAAACACGACCAAGUGCAGAAGAAACUGGAGUCGGUGGAAAAGCAGCUAGAAGAGGCCCAGCAGCUGGUUCAGUUGCGUGAGAUGAAGAUAAGUGGCUCUGGAGGAGAGGAUGAGUGGCAAGUGCGCUUCGACUGCGCCCAGACGGAGAUUGCCUUCCUGCGGAAGCGGCUGGCACAGCUGGAGGAGCGGCUGGAGUCCGAGCUGGGCGCCCGGACGGGGCUCGAGCAAAAGCUCGGCGAGGUGCAGGCAGCAUGUGAGGCAGCGAAGAAGGUGUCCCAGCAGCUGCGGCGGCGGUGCAGGCGGCUGGCCUGCGAGCUGGAGGAUGCGCGGAUGCUCGCCGAGAGCCAGCAGAGCCGCAGCCACGAGCUGGAGAAGAGGCAGAAGAAGUUUGACCUGCAGUUAGCCCAGGCCCUGGGAGAGUCUGCCUUUGAGAAGAGCCUCCGUGAAAAAGUGUCACAGGAGAACACCAGCAUCCGAUGGGAGAUGGGCAAACUUCAGCAGAGCUUAGAACAGAAGGAGGCGGAGGCGGCCAGCCUGGCGCAGCGGGUGACCGUGCUGGCCGGCCGGGUGCAGGAGCUCAGCACCCCCAGCGCCCUGGAUGCCCGUGCCGUGCCCGCGCUCAGGAAGCAGCUCUGGGACCUGGAGGCCAGCGCUGCUGAGCAGCGGAAACAGCUGGAGCGGCAAACGGCCGCCGUCGAUCACCUGGAGCAGCUCCACCAGAGGCUGGAGCUGGAGAUAGAGCGGAUGAAGCAGAUCCACCAGAAGGAGCUGGAGGACAAGGACGAGGAGCUGGAGGAUGUGCGGCAGUCCUGCCAGAGGAGGCUCCGGCAGCUGGAGAUGCAGCUAGAACAGGAGUACGAGGAGAAGCAGAUGGUGCUGCAUGAGAAGCAGGACCUGGAAGGGCUCAUCGGCACCCUCUGCGAGCAGAUCGGCCACCGCGACUUCGACGUGGAGAAGCGGCUGCGGCGGGACCUGCGGCGGACGCGCGCCCUGCUCGCCGACGUGCAGCUGCUGCUGGCGGUGCCCAGGGAGCCCGGUGCUGGUGCCCAGGAGCUGGAGCAGCUGCGCAAGCAGUUGGAAGAGAGCGAAGCAAAGUGUGCAGAGGCCCAGAGGUCCCAGCAGACGGUCGCCCUGGAGCUGGAGAACUUGCACACGGAGCUGGAGACCCUCAGCAGAAACAAGACCCUGGUGGACGAGCAGCUGUACCAGCUGCAGCACGAGCGAGCCGACCUCCUGAAACGCAUCGACGAGGACCAGGAGGACCUGAACGAGCUCAUGGCAAAGCACAAGGCUCUGAUCGCCCAGUCGGCAAUGGAUAUCGCUCAGAUCCAGGAGCUGCAGACGCAGGUGGAGGAUGUGAAGAAAGAAAAGCAGAGCCUUCAGGAGAAGCUGCAGGCAGCGCAGGCAAGAGCGGUGCGCCUGGAGCAGUGCCCGGCCGAGCGCUCCAUCGUCAGCCGGCAGGAAGCCCGCAUCCGCGACCUGGAGAGCCAGCUGGACUUCCAGGCCGUGCAGAUGAAGCGCUUUGAGGUGCUAGUGCUGCGCUUGCGAGACAGCAUCAUAAAGAUGGGUGAGGAGCUGGAGAAGGCGGUGGAGUCGGAGGCGCGGGAGAAGGAGAGCACCCGGUACUACCAGAGGAGGAUGGAGGAGAUGAAAGCUGACAUGGAUGAGCUGGUGCAGAGGGAGAUGGAGUCCAGCCGCCAGCGCGUGGAGCUGGAGCAGCAGCUGGCGGAGCUGGCGGCGGUGCGGCAGGUCCUGCAGGCUGACCUGGGGACCUCCAUCCGGCGCAUCGCCGAUCUGCAGGUGGCCCUGGAGGAGCUGCGGUCCAGCGACGAGAGCGAUGCCGAGAGCGUGCAGACGGCGCGGGAAUCGCUCUGCUCCAGGAGGGAGACGGAUGCCUGCUCUAGCGUCGGCUCCACGCUCAGUCUGGAGCCUGCAGAGAGCAUCAAGUCCUGGCCGGGGUCGUCCGCAGGCUGGUCUUCCCCAGCGGGUGCCAGCGUGGCCGGGAGCCUCUCGGCGCAGUUCGUCGGCAGCCGCAGCACCCAGGGCCCAAGGCUGAGCAGAGACACCAAGGAACCAGCAUCGAGCCGGCCAGCUUCUUCCCUGAGCACUGCCAGGUCUGUUGAUGCUGCAGAUCUGGGGAGGAUGGCAAGUCCCUUGCUCGGUGCUAGAAGGCGGGAAUACGGAAAACCUCUGGCAGACGAAGAGGAGCUGGAGAGCCCGAAAAAGAGAGUGCUCUCUCCGGCGGCAGGGUCGGCGCCCAGCUCGUCGGCUGCUCUCUCCGAGUACGUGGAGGAGCUGCGGCGGCAGCGGGGAGCGGAGUGGGAGCAAGGGCGCCCGGCGCUGGGCGACGCCUCUCCCCUCCCCAUCUACCGCACCACCGGUGCCGCAGCCCUUCGGCGCUGCAGGGCUUUCCCAGCAGCAGAGGAUUCCCUGGGGAAGCUUGAUGGGAAUCAGCCGGGGGAAGGUGAAGGAGCAGGCACCGGCCUCGUGCGCUCCUCCAGUCUGCGGAGCAUGGCCUCGGAGCCGGCCGAGCCGGCACGCUCGCCGGCGCUGAAAAGAGCAUCAAAGUUCGGCUCCUACGACUCCCUCCUGCAAACUCUCGACGGCUCCAGCCGCCGGCCAAGCUCUCCGGCUGCGGGGAUGGAGGUGCUGGGCACGCUGCGGCCAAGCUGGAGAAGCUGCCUGGAGCCGUCGGUGGAAGAUGUGGAGGUGGGAAGGGGCUCUGGGGGGCUCCUGAGCUCGCCAUCCAGCGACGGGCCGGGCGAGGGGAAGGGGAGCGACCCCUUCAGCUGGAGAAUACCCACCCUUAACUACGAGAGGAGAACCAACGUCGACUUCGACGACUUCCUCCCGGCCAUUCGCAAAUCCCGCUCCACCAGCAGCCUGGCCAAGCCUGGGAGGGACAGAAAGGACGGCCACCGGCCCCUCACCGUCCGCUUCCAGGAUGAGGCCAUAGCGGGCAGCUCAGUGUCCUCCGAGACGAAGGGCACGGCCAAGCGCAGCCUGUCCCCCUGGGAGGACCCCGGGGACCUUUCCGACUCCUCCUCAUCCUCUGGCUCCAUCCUCUCUUCCCGGAGCACCGACAGCAUCAAGCGCCGGCCGCAGCCCCAGAGAGGGGACGGGGAGGGAUGCAGCGGCAAAGCCAGCACGCAGAGCAGCGGGGCAAGCCGCCGGGCGGAGGCAGAAGGGAAGGAAGAUGAUGUCAACAGCAUCAUGAGGAAGUAUCUGGGAAAAGACUAAGGCUUUGUUUCAAUAAACUGCAGCAACUGGCCUCGGCGCUGCACGGAGUGAGGAGCCGCGACGGGUGAACCGCUCCCCCGCUCCUUUGGAAGAGCACCUGAUAGGAAACGCCUAAUUUAAACAGAGACUGAAAGUGGCUUCCCAAAAGUCAUGGGAUGGUUUUACAGAUGAUGAGACUUUUUUUUGUUUUUAAACAUACCGUGGUUUCUUUAUGCCCUGUUUCCAUCACCGCAGCUUUGCUCAGGGCCAGCCACGGGGACGAGGGACUCUCGUGUUCUCCUGCAGUCGUUUGACUCCGGGAGUUGGUGCUGUAAUUAAAACCCUGUGGCUGCCAUAGAUGCCUGAUAACAUGCCGUGCUGGCUGGGGGAAGGCCACGCUGUAAAGAGCUGGAGGAACACCGAACCCCCUCCUUUUUAACCCAGAAGGUGAAGCCCAGAUGUCUCAUCCCAUGUAGCGCUGCUCAAAAAUCAGCCGAACGGCCGAGGGAUGCUUUUGGGUCUCGGUGUGACACCCAGCAACAGCGGAGCCGGACGGUCGGUCAAACCGAGCUGCACAUUGCAGUACAGCUCUCUUUAUAUGCUUUUCUUUUAUUUUUUUAGUUUCCAGAGGCUGAGACUUUCUCUGAAGCUUUUAUAAUUCUGUAGAUACUUGAAGACAGAUCCGUACGUGCUUUCACAGCUCCUGCCUGUUUGGGAUAUCUGGGCACAUCCCACUGGCAUGCAGGGCAGCGCUGCGGUGCGUGUGGCAAUGGGAGGCUGUGUUCGGACGACUGCUUGGUUUUUACACAAUAAAAUAUUUGCUUCUUUGA